AUGUCCCAGCCCAAUCUCCUUUAUUCUAACUAAUACAACCCCACUUCAACACUUUACCACAUUGAGAAAAGAUACCCACAAGCACAUAUGGCCACCUCCUUUAUUUCUCUCUUUUUCCUCUUGUCCUUUCUUCUCUUAAUUCCUUCCCUCCUUGCCUCUUCUCCCUUACAAAAUCCCCAAUCUGUUGUUGAUCAAGUUGAUAGGAGCAUAAAUGUGUCAAGGAGGAACUUGGGCUAUCUCUCAUGUGGCACUGGAAACCCUAUAGAUGACUGCUGGCGUUGUGACCCCAACUGGGAAAAAAACCGCCAAAGGCUAGCUGAUUGUGCUAUUGGCUUCGGCAAGAAUGCCGUUGGUGGCAGAGACGGCAAAAUAUACGUGGUCACUGACUCCGGCAACGACGAUCCCGUUACCCCUAAACCAGGCACUCUCCGAUAUGCUGUUAUUCAAAACGAGCCGUUGUGGAUUAUUUUUGCUAGGGAUAUGGUCAUUCAACUGAAAGAAGAACUUAUUAUGAAUUCUUUCAAGACUAUUGAUGGAAGAGGAGCUAGCGUUCACAUUGCAGAUGGGCCAUGCAUAACCAUACAAGGUGUGACCAAUAUUAUCAUCCAUGGAAUCCACAUACAUGAUUGUAAGCAAGGGGGGAAUGCUAUGGUGAGGAACUCCCCACAGCACUAUGGGUGGAGGACUAUAUCAGAUGGUGAUGGAGUGUCCAUAUUUGGUGGAAGUCAUAUUUGGGUAGACCAUUGCUCCUUGUCUAAUUGCAUGGAUGGGUUGAUUGAUGCUAUUAUGGGGUCCACUGCAAUUACCAUUUCUAACAAUUACAUGACUCACCAUGAUAAAGUUAUGUUAUUGGGACACAGUGAUUCCCAUGUACAGGACAAGAACAUGCAAGUAACCAUUGCUUUCAAUCACUUUGGAGAAGGCCUUGUCCAAAGAAUGCCAAGAUGUAGACAUGGUUACUUCCAUGUGGUAAACAAUGACUAUACACACUGGAAAAUGUAUGCCAUUGGUGGUAGUGCUAAUCCCACCAUUAAUAGCCAGGGCAACAGAUUCCUUGCUCCUGAUAUCAGAUUCAGCAAAGAGGUGACAAAGCAUGAGGAUGCACCAGAAAGUGAAUGGAAGAAUUGGAAUUGGAGGACUGAUGGGGACUUAAUGUUAAAUGGUGCAUUUUUCGUAAAAUCAGGAGCUGGAGCCUCUUCAAACUAUGCCAAGGCUUCAAGCUUAAGUGCUAAACCUUCUUCACUAAUAAGUUCCAUUGUCUCCGGUGCCGGCGCCCUUAGUUGCCGGAAAGGUUCCCGUUGCUGAUUAAAAUAUUUCCUAACAAAGACUAUAAAGUUUCAUUUUAUGAACAAAGAUGGAUUUUAUUGAAGGAAAUCAUGGAGUGAAGGUAGGAAAAAAGGGAAAAAGACAUGAACUAUGUUGUAACUUUUUUUUUUUUGGUUGCAUAUUUCUGAUUCAGCCUAUUUGACUUGAUUAUCCAAUACAACCUCUGCAUGCUAUCUCAGCCACUGGGACUUACAGAUCCCCUUCUAACUGGUUUCUCUAGAAAGCAAGUCUAGAUGUGUUGUUGAUUACUUCAAUAUAAUUAAAUAUAUUGCUAUAAAUUUGAAUCUUGUGAAUGUCUU